UCCCCCAACUCCAAAUCUCAACUCACUCAGGUGUGUCUUCUUCUUUCCACCAGCAGAUUAUUCAAAUCAUUCAAUCAAUCAUUAGCUGCUAUGAGCAAUCCUUCAAUCGGUUCAGCCGAUACUCCGGCUCCUUCCGUCCGUCCUCAACAACAACAUCGUAAACCUCGAGUUCGAGAAGUAAGUUCUCGGUUUAUGUCUCCAUCUCCAUCCAAUUCAUCUUUUUCUUCUUCAUCAUCCGCCGCGGGCGAUCUGCACUCAUUUACGAUAAAAACCCCCAAACCUUCACCUAAUAAUAAUAACAGUAAUCGGUAUUCCCCUGCACCAACUGAUAAUAGAUCCUCUAAACCCUCAUCCUCAAGACGCCUCCUACUUCCCCACCGUGCUAGUCAGGAUAAUCUUCAACCACCGUUUUCGUCGAAUCACGAAAACAUUCCCGAAACGAUUAGGAGUAUGGAUUACGGCUUUUCCACCACUCACAAAAAACCGCAACAACAACCACGUGCGCUUUUUAAGGAAAAUGACAUUCCGAAAUCGUCAUCAUCGUCAACAAAUUUUAAACCAACAAAGUCUUCAAGAUCUGAUACUCCAGUUCCUACUACUUGUGAUAGAAUCGUUCCCUCGAGAUUCAGACUUCCACAACAAAAUCAUAAUCGUCAAACAGCCGCGGUCGCCUCUGAUGCUACCAAGCUUUUACAAUCCACAGUUUCAUUACCAAAAAAUGAAUCUGAAUCGAACUCGUGCCCUAAUUCACCUAUGUAUCCGAGAACCUGGCCUCUUCCUGAUACCAGGUCUUCUUUUUCGGAUGAUGAGGAGGACAGAUUAUUACCAUCCAGAUCGUUUCGUCGAACUAGUAGUACUAUCGUUGAUGGAAGCGGUCAAACUAAGUUUUCUACGCCAAAUUCCCUAUGUUCUCGAUCUGUUAAUCUGCCAAUUUCUCUUAAAACAUCCAAACCUCCUUUGUCAUCCGCUGCUUCUACUACUAUGCUGCCUCCACAACCUACUAGUACUAAAACCGGAGUCGGUUUAAAAAAGGGAAAAAAACCGCCUCAGGCUUCACCAGAAGAUGUACAUUCUUUGAAAUUGCUUCAUAACCAUUUCUUGCAAUGGAGAUUUGCAAAUGCUAAAGCCCAAGCCGCAAUGCAUUCCCAAACCAAACAAAUGGAGAAUCAGUUUUUUUCUCUUGGAACCGAUAUAGCUAAUCUGCGAGACACUGUCAAGAGGAAACAAGCUGAACUUAAUGAGUUGCAACGAAUUAAAGCUGUUUCCGCCAUUGUUGAGGCUCAGAUGCCAUACCUUGAUCAAUGGUCUGAUUUGGAAGAAGAUUACACAUGCUCGUUGUCAGGAGCUACAAAUGCUUUAUCCAACUCUUUGCUGCGGCUUCCCGUUAGUGGUAAUGUUCAGGUUAAUACAAAAGAGAUAGCAGUGGCUCUGGAUUCGGCUGCAAAAACUACAGAUAUGAUAGUUCACAACAUGCUAAGUUUGUUGCCUAAGGCAGAAGAAACGGAUACUCUAACGUCAGAGUUAGCAAAUGUUGUUGAUACCGAAAAAGCACUUGUUGAAGAAUGUGAAAAUUUAUUGCUAACAACACACAAUUUACAGGUGGAAGACUGCAGUUUACGGGGACAACUAAUGCAAUUAAAAAUGUAGCAACCUCUUCUAAGUCGAUAACAACGAUAACAACGUUUAUGGUGCAAACGUCCAGAAAAGGGAUGUUUUUGCAUGGGUGGGUGAUGCAUUUUUUCCUCAAUUCAUUUAGAAAAAAAUGUCUUCCCUUUUUUGUUUAAAAGUAUGUAAAGAGAACAAGUUAUAUAUUCAAUAUAUAGUAACAGAGAGAUAAUAAAAUGGUCUGUUUGUGAGA